GGCCCCCCAAUCCUUCGGUACCCAGCCGCCGAGGUUUCCUCUGCUCUUCGGGCUGCCCCGGCCCCUCCUCCCCAGCCUCCCCUCCCACGGCGCCUGCUGGAGGCCUCGGUCCCACCCCGGCCGCUGUCCUCAGGCCUCAUUGGCCCUUUAUCUCCCCAGUAACCAGGCCACAACAGUGAGCUUGGAGGACCUGGGACAGGUCAGGCACUCCAGCAGGAGCCCCUCCCGCUUUGGCCAAGAUGCCGUUGGGACACUCUGCAGGGAGCACCCGCUCGGAGGAUGGAAGCGAGGCCUUCCUGGAAGGAAUGGUGGAUUGGGAGCUGAGCAGACUACAGCGGCAAUGCAAAGUGAUGGAGGGGGAGAGGCGGGCCUACAGCAAGGAAGUCCACCAGCGCAUCAACAAGCAACUUGAGGAGAUCCAGCGCCUGGAGGGGUUGCGAGAUAAACUUAAGGUGCAGAUCAGCAUCGCCCAGAGCCAGGUCAAGCGGCUGCGGGACAGUGAGAGGCUGGAGAACAUGGGCCAGCUGCUCAAGUGCCGGCUCCAGGUCCAGGCCGAGGUCAAGGAGCUCCAGGAGCAGACCAGAGCCCUGGACAAGCAGAUCCAGGAGUGGGAGACCCGGAUCUUUGCCCAUAGUAAGGAUGUCAGGGCCCCAGGACUCAUCCUGGAUCAGAAAGUCAAGAUCCGGCAAAGGAUCAAGAUCCUAGAAGACCAGUUGGACAGGGUCACGUGUCGCUUUGACAUCCAGCUGGUGCGGAAUGCGGCGCUGAGGGAGGAACUGGAUCUCCUGCGCAUUGAGAGGAGCCGCUACCUGAACAUGGACCACAAGCUGCAGAAGGAAAUCGAGCUUCUGCGACACAUGGUCAGCUCCCUAAUGGUCUCCUCGGCAGCUGCCUACACUGUCAGGGAGGAGGCAAAGAGCAAGAUAGGCUUGCUGCGGGAGAGGGCGGAGAAGGAGGUGGCCCAGAACGACUCGGAGGUGCAGAUCCUGCAGCGGCAGAUCGCGCACCUGGAGCAGCUACACCGCUUCCUCAAGCUCAAGAACAACGAUCGGCUGCCCGACCCCGCGGUCGUCGAGAAGCGCGAGAGACGCGCCCGCGAGGUGGCCGAGGGCCUCCGGAAGACUUCCCAGGAGAAGCUGGUGAUGCGCUGUGAGGACGCCAUGAACAAACUGUCCCAGCUGACCGGGGAACGCGACCCGGACAUGCUGGUGGAGAAGUACCUGGAGAUGGAGGAGCGCAACUUCGCGGAGUUCACCUUCAUCAACGAGCAGAACUCGGAGCUGGAGCAUCUGCAGGAGGAGAUCAAGGAGAUGCAGGAGGCCUUGGCGAGCACGCGCACCAGCGAGGAUGACGUGCGCGCGCAGCAAGAGCAGCGGCGGAGGGACUUGCAGCAGCGAGCGGACGGGGUGCACGCCGAGGCCCUCCGGGUCGAGGCCAGCUUCCAGGACCUUCGGGGCCAGCUGGAGAAGCUCAAGGCGGACAUCCAGCAGCUCUUCACCAGGGCCCAGUGUGACAACACCAUCAUCAAGGACCUCCUGGGGGUCAAGACCCACAUGCGAGACCGGGACAUUGGCCUCUUCCUGGGCCUCAUCGAGAAGCGGCUGGUCGAGCUCCUGUCCGUGCAGGCCUACCUAGAUUUUCAGAACUACACCUCCCCGAGCUGGGUUAACACUGCCCUCCUGGUUCUGGGCCAGAGCCCUGAGGAUCUUCCAAAGAAGAUGGCCCUGCCUCAGCUCCCUGAGAACCAGGAGGACACCCCAGGCUUUGAGGCCAAAGAUGACGCUCCAAUGAGCGAGGAAGAGCUCCGGAGCCAAGUGACAAAGCUGCUGGAGGCUCGGGAGCUGGCUGAGGCCAUGAAGAAGGUCGAUAGCACCCCGAGCGUCCCCAGCCUCUCCAGUACCCAGAGGGUCAACUCCGGCUCACCCUCGGUGAUCGCCAAGAACCCCAGUAUCAUCCCCGCGUCCAUCCUGAGCCAGAGGACUAGUGGCAUCCUGGUGUCCAGUGGAGGCCAUGCCACUGGUUCCAAUGUCGGCCGUGUCACCUUUGGUGACCCCGGCUCCAGCACAGGCCACGUGACCUUUGGUUCCGUCAGCGCCAUGGGAGCACCGCUCUCCAGCCGGGGCUCAACGGGGGGCCGUGUGACCUUCAGAACCCCCAGCUCUAGUAGCUACCUGGGGUCCACUGGAUACGUGGGGUCCAGCGGCGUCCACGAAAGCCAUGCAGGUGCGGAGAGCAGAGGCAUGGAGUCAGAAUCAAGUGGAGGCCUCGGGUCCAGCAGAGGCCAAGUCUCGAGCCCUGGCCCCACCUCCAGCACCAACAGGGGCUCCACCACCAGCAAAGACUAGGGCGCCCACCCUGCCCGUGGCUCCUUGCUAGCCUUCUCGGCAUUUCUGCCUCGAGGUUUCCCCGUGACUCUCCACGGCUCUCUUGCGCCACAUUUGUCUGUGCCUGCCCUGCACCUGCCCUGCACCGUGUCCCCGUCUGUUUCCAUCCGCUCCUCGCCAUGUCCUCAGCUCUGUUUCCUGGUCCCUUUCUGUUCCCAACCCUCCUUUCCCUUCCUGUCUCCCAAUUUCCUGUUCUCCUGGCUUCCCAUUCAGCGUAUCUCUGUACUGGGUUCGCAUCUCUCCCCCCAGCUCUGCCCUAACCCCUCCGGCUGUCCCCCCUGACCACCUCCUGUUUCUGCUUCCUCACCUCUAAUCCCCACUCCUGCAUCUGUCUUCCAGGCUCUCCUUGUACCUCAUGUCCCUGUCUCUGUAGCUCCUCCUUCCUCACCCUCCCCAGGAGCCCCCAGUACUGAGCAGCGGGGGGAGAAUUGGAGCAAUGAUGUCAGGGUCAGCAUGAGCUGUGAGCAGAGGAAAUAAAGGUCAGAGCCUGAGUUUGACCCCAGCCUAGUUACAAGUGUGUAUGUGCGAGCAAGCUUGAGAUGUGGCUCUUUCCUCUACCUCCAGCCUGGAGAUGUAUGACCUUGUCCCUAUUCCCAUUCAUUCAUGCGUGCAUUCAUUCAUUCAUUCAUGCAUGCAUUCAUUUAAGAUUCAUUUAUUUAGAGAGACAGAGAAAGAGAGAGUGAGUGGGGGGAGGGGACAGAGAAUCUUCAAGCAGACUCCCCGAUGCGCAGGGAGACCGACGCUGGGCUGGAUCCCAUGACGCAUGAGCUCAUGACCUGAGCCGAAACCAAGAGUCAGAUGCUCAACCGACUGAGCCACUUGGGGGCCCCUAUUUCUUUUUUUUUUUUUAAGACCACCACAUUUUAGGCUCUACUGAAAACUAGGAUGUAUCAGUCAGGAUAGGCUGGGUUAUGCUCCAGUAACAAACAAGUCCAGGAUCUCAGUGGCCUCAUGCAGCAAAGGUUUAUUACUCGCCAGUGUUACUGGUCUUUUAUGGGUCACCUCAGGGCUCUGCUCCACAUCAUCCUUGUGACCCAGGCUGAGGGAACAGCAUCUCUCCGGAGCGCUGGCAAUUCUUUGGCACUGGGAAGAGAGAGAAAGUGGCGAAGCUGCAGUGACUCAUACAGCUUCUGCCUGGAUAUGAAACAUGUCACUUCCACUCGGCAUCUGUUGGCCCAAGCAGGUCAUUCAACGAUGCAUAACUUCAAAGGGGAGGGAUGGUGGGAAGUGCAGUCUGUCCAUGUGCCUGGAAGGAGAGAGGGAAAAGAAUAUUUGAGGACCUCCCUAACGCUGGGGUCACAGAGAUAAAGUAGACUGUCCCCUCCCCGCUGUGGGCUGGUUUGGGAGGGAGGGGGAUUAGAACACCGUGGGGCACUCUUUCGGGUCCUGCUGAAUGCCCUGUCUAAAUCUAAUAUGACCAAAUCCAGACAGAUACUCCAUCAUCCACCUUCCCAGUCAAGGAAGGUAAUACUCUGGGCCUCGUUCUCCUUAAAAUAGGUGGAUGAUUGUGCACACCUCAAAGACUUUUUGUGCGAAGAAAUGAAUUGGUCCACAUGAAGCCUUAGAAACAGUACCUGGCACAUAAUAUAAUGCUCAAAACUAUCUGUGAUCAUGUGUAUGAUGGUCCAUGAAGGGAAAUUGACAUAGUGCUUCUCACUUGUUCAGAUAACCCAGUCUUCCUCUCUCCUCACCUGGCCCUAUCAUCUGGGGAGGCCCCCCCAUUGCUACCUAUUUAACAACUGGCUUUUCAGGAAAAAGAAUGAAAACAAAAGCAAAAACCUUGAUUUGUAGUGCCUGCCCAGUCCCAAACUUUUUAAAAAUGGAAGUUGCCUUAAAAUUUUUGACAGCAAAAAAUCUCAGUUCCCAAUGAACAAAGCUAAUGCCUCAACAAUUUUAAAACUUUAACAACAAAAAGAAAAAAAAGUCUCCUUGGUACCAGUACAAAACCCUGAUCUAAAAAGAAGGCACUUUGGGGCGCCUGGGUGGCUCAGUCGUUAAGUGUCUGCCUUCGGCUCAGGU